AUGGGGACUCUGUCGUUGGAUAUGCUGUUUAUCCGACGGUUGGGUACCUUAUUGAAGCUUCUAUUCCCUCUUAAUCGACAUUCAAGAACAGCAUGGCUUGCACUUGUCGUACUCAUCACAUCGUUUUUGGAUCAAAUAGGAACAUAUUUUGUUGGAAUCCUACCUAGUCAGUUUUACGUGGUUCUUGGAAAUAGAGAUCUCUCAGCUUUUCAUCUGCUAAUUGCAAAAGCUACAAUCAUAGUCAUAGCUAAGUCACUGUCACUGGCGUCCAUAAAAUAUUUUACAUCCAUCCUUGCUAUUAAAUGUCGAGAAUUAUGCACGUACACGCUGCACAGACUCUACUUCAAAAGGAGAGCCUUUUAUAAACUGGGAACCGUUUCUGAAGGCCUCGAUAAUAUUGAUCAGCGUUUAACUCAAGAUAUCGAAAAGACUACACAAGUACUUGCCGUUGACCUCUUUGCUCCGGUUAUUACCGCUCCUUUCAUCAUUCUUUAUUACUCAUAUCUGACCUGGAAG